GAGAAAGCUGUCCUCAUUUGACAUUCAUUCGUACCGUCUUAAGCAGGUGGUAUUGUAGCCAAAAGUAGUUUGUAAUCGCCUAUCAGUGCACACUUGAGGAAAUUUUCCUAGGACAGAUCAAAUCGGGCCGCGAUCAGCUUGGAAAGCAACAGAUCAAAGCAGAUAGAAAUAUUGCUACAGAAGCAGUUUCAUGUCUGGAGUAGCCAGAGGACGCCUGGCUGAAGAGCGCAAGGCUUGGAGAAAAGACAAGCCCUUUGGGUUUUUUGCACGUCCUGAGACUGCAGCUGAUGGGAGUGUGAACUUGAUGAAAUGGAACUGCCAUAUUCCUGGGAAGCCAGGCACUGAUUGGGAAGGUGGCUACUUCCCCUUAACAAUGGAAUUUUCUGACGAAUAUCCAGCGAAGCCUCCCAAGUGCAAGUUCAAACCAAGCUUUUUCCACCCAAACAUCUACCCAUCUGGCACAGUCUGCCUGAGCAUCCUGAACGAGGAUGAAGGCUGGCGGCCCUCUAUUACAGUCAAGAACAUCUUGACAGGCAUUCAGGACCUUUUGGACGACCCAAAUCCUAAGAGCCCGGCACAGGCUGAGGCGUUCAUGAUGUUCACCCAGCAGAAGGUAGAGUACCGGAAGCGAGUGAAACAGCAGGCGCUGAGAAACCCAGUGCCAUCCUGACUCUGAGCUUGACAUUUUUCUUGAGCAUGAAAGCUGCUUGAGAAGCUGACACACCAGCAAGUGCACACCUUUUGUUGGGGGCGGCUCUGCCUGGGGUUGCUUUUGGUGUUGCUGUGCUGGAUGAAUGGAUCCCCUUGUGACAGGGCAAAAUUGAGGUGCCUGCUGUGUGGGGGCCAAGGCUUAGCAUGCCCACUCUCAUUUGAAUACUUUGUCAGAGUGUGCCUUUGCAGUUGCAUUUCAACAAGGCACAUGUGUAUAUCAGCUCCUUGAGAGCGUCUUCUAGGCAAGCCGGCAGCUUUGGAGAUUGGCAGGUACACGUACCUAGUUAUAGAAGCCACCGUGGCACUGUGUGACACUGUAGUAUGCUGUACUUUAUACGUUGCACAGCAGUACUACUGAGUAUGACUUGCCGUUCAUGACGGUCAUAGUAGUACUUUCUGUAAGCUACACGAAGGUGACA